ACAAAAAAAGCUCCUGUUUUUCAGUCAGUUUUCUUUUCUUUCCGUGGUUUUUCGGAAUUUCCAAUAGGAAUUUCAGAAUUCUGUUUAUUUUAGCGUAAAAAAUGGACUCCGCUAUGGUUUGCCGAUGCUGCCUGGCACGGCCUCCGGACAAAGACUUGAAGUUAUCCUACCAAAGGCUUGGGAAGAAUGAAGUGUACUUGGACAUGCUAAAAGAAUGUUUUGAGAUUCAUAUGCUAACCGGAGAGUGCGAGGGAGACAGUGGAAUUUGCGAUGUGUGCGUGGGCCGGCUGCGCGAUGCGAACGACUUCAAAAUGCAGGUGCAGCAGUGUCAACGGGACUUCGCCAGUUGCAAAGAUAUACUUGUCAAAGGAGAAAAAGUGAAAGUAAAGGAAGAGAUAGCAGACGGUGAUGAUGACAACGGAAUAUAUUUCUUACCGUUAAAAGACGAGCUAUCCGAGUACGACGAACUGAAGCACGACAGCAGCGACGACGACAAGAACUUAGCGGAGAUGUUGUUCGAUGGCGUCGGCCUUAAGAAGAAGCUCGCUAAGAAGAAGCGCCUUUUGCUUGACAAGAGUGGUGAGUGGCAUCCUGGAACAAUAAGCGGAUAUUCUGGAACAUUACAGGGCAUUUUGGAAUAA